AUAACUUAGAUCCAUAAAAGAUUUAUCUUCUUGAAUGGGUAGGAAUUGCAUUCCCCUAGCUUUAUUUUGGCAUUGUUGUGAAAAACUUAUUCACCCUUUCCUUGGACCAUGGCAUAAUGUUUUUCAGACAUGGACUCUACAUGAAAACGACCAAAUUCUGGGGCUGGUGGAUCCAAGAUUGACAGAGUUUGACGAAAAUGAAGCGACUAGACUGAUAAGAACAGCUCUCAUGUGCACGCAGGCAUCACCGAUGACGAGGCCAUCUAUGUCACGCGUGGUGGCAAUGCUCUCUAAAGAUAUUGACAUAGGCAUUGUCAUGUCGAAGUCGAGCUAUUUGACAGAUUAUGAUUUUAAGGAUGUAACGACAUUGUCAACAGGUAGCUUUUUGAUGAAGGAUGAUACCCCAUCAACUGCAUCCAAGCAUAGUAAUGACCGCUUCAACUAUCAGCCCGAAGGCAACAAUGCAAGUGGUGCUAACACCCCCGUGAUUGACCUUGCGCCUUCUUCAGUAAACGUCACUCAAUCACUGCUCGUUGGCAUUAUUAGAGAAGGAAGGUGAUAAAUAAUGGGGAAUGAUUAAUGCACGCCUUUUAUCCUUUUGUGCACCCAUGUACUUGUCCUUGGGUCUUUUCUGCCUCUACGGUUUUGGCUAUGAUGAUGUAUAUCUAAAAUAAGAUACGAUUUUAUAGAUAUUUGGUUCAAACUUACA